AUGUCGGCCGCAGACCUCGUCACCGUUCUUGCCGAAGGCACGUUCGAAGAGCAGAUUGUCGAAGUAUCCGCCUUCCUCUCGCGCUCGCAACCCGAAGCUUCACGCAACGACUUUAUCUCCAAGUUUCAGCAGUUGGCUCUUGACGCCGAACCUGCCGAACCUGCCGAACCCGCCGUUUCCACCGAAGCUACCGAGCCCGCUUCGGCCCCUGACGCUGCCAAGAAGCAGCAGACAGUGCAGCAGCUCGUAUCCGAGAUUGUCACGCUCGGCGAGGGAAGCGACCGCGAGCUCGAAGGUGUCUACAAUCUCAUCUUUUCGCUCAUCUCAUCCACUGACCAACAGACGCAGCUUGUUCCGCAGCUCCUCUCUGCGGUUUCCAAAGAUUCUGCCGCUGCUGCCACUGGCGCUGGUGGGGCUGACAAGAGCAAUGUGAGGUAUCGAAUCCUCUCGAACCUGUUCAACUCGUUGGAGGCUACGUCGGCAUUGCGUCUGCAGACGUUCAACGCUUUGCUCUCGCUCGUUGCAGCAAACGACGAUUUGGACUACCUCACCUCAGCGCUCACUGCUCUGCCACAGUGGUUGGCGCAGUGGUCCGUAUCGGAAACUGAGAAGGCGUCCUGCCUCGAGUCGGUGGCCAAGGCACUCGAAGGGGCCGAGAAGGAGCACGGCCAAACCUCGAAAGCCUACCAGUUUUUGGUGCUUCACUUGCGCUACAUCUCGACUUUGCCUGCGAGCGCUUCGACAAAGGAGGCGGCCGAACGCACUGUAGCUGCUGCUCUGCGUCUGCCGAGGCUGUACGAAUUCGAGGAUCUGUUGCACGUGCAAGCGGUUCUGGAUCUCAAAUCCGCCUCUUCUCCCAUCUUUGAUCUGCUCAAGAUCUUUGUCGGUGGCACCACGGCCGACUUUAGCGCGUUUGCCUCUUCGCACUCGUCCGAAUUCCAACGACUCAACCUUUCGCACGAUGAUCUGCUGCACAAGAUCCGUUUGCUCGAUUUGGCCGAUCUGUGCGCUCUGCGCGUCUCGGCGGAUGUGAGCUACGCUUCGAUCGCCAAGACGCUCAACAUCGAGCACGACCAGGUGGAGCUGUGGGUCAUCGACGUUAUCCGUGCCGGCUUGGUGUCUGGAAAGUUGAGCCAGGUCAACGACGCGUUCCGAGUAUACAAGUCCACCCACCGCCAGUUCGGCAAGGAGCAGUGGCAGUCAUUGGAACAACGUCUCGUCCAAUGGCAGAACAGUAUCAGCAGCAUCAUCGAGAGCAUCGCUGCUACUAGGGGUGGCAAGCUGCCCGAUGGCGCUCCCGUCGCAGCAGAGCUCGCUACUGCAUAA